AAUGACAUGUGUAGAGUUGGGAUUUGCUGUGGAGCCUAGUGAUGUUCGUCUGCUUGUUAGCCGUUACUUUCCGAGUAAGAUAGGCGGCACGCCAGCCUGGCUAGAUCAAGCAAACUUGCCGUCAUCGAGAGAAGUCGCUUGUGGCUUAUGCAAAGAGCCUACAGUUCUCUUGCUGCAGAUUUAUGCCCCUGAUACGGAGGACGACAUUGCAUUUCAUCGUACUAUAUUUCUAACUUGCUGCCUCUCUGCAUCUUGUCACGUCACCGACAGUGCGCGCUGUUUCCACGUGUUUCGCUGCCAACUUCCCAGGAGGAACGUCUUCUACAGUUUUGAACCACCGGACGAAGACAAUCCCGAGUCCGAGCAACGACAAGUGGACGAACGUUUUGAAGCUGCUCGUUUGUGUUGGGUGUGUGGAUUUCUGGGUGAAAAGAGUUGUGCUAAAUGUCACACAGCGAAGUACUGUAGCAGGCAGCAUCAGAUAAUUCAUUGGAAAAAUGGUCACAAGGAGGAGUGCACAAGGUUGUCGCAGUCACAAGGAGGAAACGAGACAAAAACAUCAGAAAGGCAAUGUGUUGUUGCAUCAGCUGUUUUCCCUCAACUUGAGCUUGUGAUUGAGACAGAACCCGAAGUGGUGGAUGAGGAGAAGACCGACGAGCAGCGAAUGAGAGAAUAUGAGGAGUUUGUGAAGAGAGAGGGUUCAGGCGUAGCCGAAGCAGCAGAUGUUGAGGAGUUUGAAAGGGAAGCUGCUGAGCAGAAGCAUGUUGAGUGUGACAAGGCAUUUCGUCGAUUCAAAGAUCGUAUUAGCAGAGAGCCAGAACAGGUGUUAAGAUAUCAAAGACAUGGCAUGCCACUGUGGGUAUCAGACAAGACACCGAGUCUACAGCACGACGUCCCACACUGCAGCUGUGGAUCAGAACGAACCUUUGAAUUCCAAGUUAUGCCUCAGCUGCUCAACUAUUUGAAGGUUGACUCGUUGAACGAGCCAAGCAUCGACUGGGGGACACUCGUCGUGUACACAUGCAAAAGGGGCUGCAAUGAAGGCACACCUUACCAUGAAGAGUUUAUUUUUAAACAGUCAUUUAACAGCUUGACAUGUAAAGAGACACGAUAGUGCAGUUGAUAUUAAAAAAUUUGUGAGCUUUGUGGUUUCUAACUCGUGUAACCCAAAGCUAUAUUGUACGGGACAUUUAUUAUACGGGACACCUAA